AGCAAGAUGAAACAAACAUGGAAGUGAAAUGAACCUGUGAAUAGAGCGAGCGAGCGAGCGAGAUAGAUAUUUGAUGAAAUUUAAUUCCCAAAUUUGUUUAGAGAAGAGGAAUCAGAAGAAAGACCGAUGGUGGGAACAAUUAAAAAGCCGCCGGUAGUGAUCAAAGUGGCGGCCAUUUGCGGCUCUCUUCGCAAGGCUUCCUGCAACAGAGGCCUCAUUCGUGCCGCGAUUGAGAUGACCAAGGAGGAGAUUGACGGAAUGGAGAUAGAGUACAUCGAGAUUUCGUCGCUGCCGAUGAUCAAUCCCGAUCUCGAAGUCGACGGCACAUAUCCGCCGGAGGUGGAAGAUUUCCGGCGCAAGAUUCUCCAAGCGGAUGCCUGUAUCUUCGCUUCUCCUGAUUACAAUUACUCCAUCACUCCACCAUUGAAGAACGCAUUGGAUUGGGGAUCUAGACCUCCAAAUGUAUGGGCUGGGAAAACUGCAGCUGCAUUGAGUGCUGUAGGAGGUGGGAGAAGAGCACAGUAUCAUCUGCGGCAAAUAGGAGUGUUUCUUGAUCUUCACUUCAUCAAUAAGCCUGAGUUCUACCUCAACGCCCACAGGCCUCCAGGAAAGUUCAACGACGACGGCGACUUGGUUGAUUCUGAGACCAAGGACAAGCUCAAGGAAAUGCUUGUUUCCCUCCACGCCUUCUCUUUGAGACUAGUUCACGGCAAGUGCUGAAAAUGUGUUUGUAUCAUCAUCAUUUUAAUUAGUAGGCAUGCACAUAUGAGAGGAGGAAGCUGUUGUUUAACCAUCAUUGCAUUAAAUACUCCCUCAGUUUUUUUUUUAUAUAAAUUAUUUCUACC